AUGCCUCGGACAAAAUUAGGCCCACACACCGCGAGAGCGCUGUAUACCAGUUGCACGAUUGGCAAGUGUAUCGGGUCUCUAAUCCCGAUAGACCUAGAAAACACAGUCCCUAAUAGAGAGGUAGAUUUUCUUAUAUAUGCUGCAACAAAUUGGCCCGAGGACCUGAAGGGGAACAUGGCAACCGACAUCAUACACACUUGGCAGUACGGCAGCCAUAUCUUUUUCGCAGAUACUGUCAUUUAUUCGGAAGAUAAGAACGGUAAAAAAAUCUCCGGAAUCUCCGACGGGCAGCUCUGGCAAAUUUCUCGAGAUGCGGUCGAUGAAAUGGUGGCGGACCGAAAACGGUACGGGAAAGGCGACAUAGCAGAGCCCAUGGCCAUGGGAAACUUGGCCUGGGGCAAUGAGAUUAUCCUUACCUCUUCUAUGAAGGGAGCGCCUCAUUUCUUUUAUAAUUUCGAAGGCGGCAACACAGUAGUCGGUGACGCUCUAAAGACGUGCUCGAUUUUGUCAAAACGCCACAAGAACAAUGCCAAUUGUGCAGAACCUAUGUCAGCCCAUUGA